AUGGCACAUUAUAUAGAUGUGAAUUGUAAAGAAGUUGUAAAGAAACUACCUCAUAUUCUAAGGGACUCCUGGCAUUGCUUGGAAGUCGUGAAGGAACAUUUGUCGAAUAUCAAUAAGGACACCAUUAUGGUCACAAUUGAUAUAGUCAAUUUAUUUUUAGUGAUACCACAUGAUCUUGGCCUGAAAAUGUUUGAGGCAAGUUUAGAGACCUAUAGUGAUUUGCAUAUGGUCAAGCGAAGAUUGUUAAUAGAAAUUAUGGAAAUGGUAUUAACUAACAACUAUUUCCAAUUAGAAGGUGAAUUCUUUAGGCAACGCUCAGGUGUGGCCAUGGGAGCAAAAUGUGCACCUAUUUACGCUAACUUAGUUUUAGCAAAUUGGGAGACACAGAAAAUAUUUAAAAGCAGCUUCUGGUCUAAAAUUACACUAUACCUUAGGUUUUUAGAUGACAUAAUAAUUUUUUGGAAGGGAAAGGAAGAAGAGGUUUUGGAAUUUGUGGCAUUUCUGGAGAACACCACUUCUUUCCUAAGAUUUACGUUUAACAUUCACAAAGACAGCUGUGAAUAUUUGGAUAUUCAGUUGCAGAGAAAAGAAGAUAAUAUAGAGUCAAAUAUAUACAGGAAGAAAACCUAUUCUAACUCGUUUUUGCAUUUUAAUAGUUGUCACCCAUAUUUUCAAAAAAGGAACUUAGUGAAGGGACAAAUGGUAAGACUGUCUAGGAUCAUAAGUAACGAGAUGGUUUACAAAAAUGAGAUAGACAAACUGAUUGAUAUGUUCUUAGACAGAGGUUACCCAACAUUGCUAUUAACUGAAAUAAAAAAUGAAGUUGAGGCUAAAAGAAAAGACAAUUUUAAACCUAUUUUGAGGUACUUUACAUGUCCACCCAAUUAUGGCAUAUUUGUACGUCCAUCUAAGGUGGUUAGGAUCAGCUUCCCAUAUACUAUAUCAGCUUUGGCCAAGGUCAAUACAAGAAAUGAUGAUUUAUCAAUGACAAGUUUCUCUGAAAAUGUAUCCACUUCAUUGUAUGAUGAUAAUACAAGUGAGACUGUACUGAAGAAAUUACAGGCAAAAGUGGACUAUUUGCAAAAGGAGCUGGAAUCCAGUGAAAAACGAGCAGUGGAUCUUUCUAACAAACUGGACAAAGAGAAGAGGGAGAAAGAGCGUCUUCGUUCUUAUAUUAAAGAAGAUAAGAAGGCUAAAGAAGAGAUAAAGGACGAAAUUGAAAUAUUAGAAGCAAAGCUGGCAGAUCUCCAUGCAGCUAUGAUGAAUUAUAAUCUGGAACCCCAUGAGUCUACACCAGAAAAGCUACUGAGCCAAAAUACACAACUGACUGUUACAGAAACCGAAAAGCUUAUCAAGUACAAGGAUAACUAUACACAGUGGACUGUUAAGAAAACGGAAAAGCUGAUCGAGUACAGCGGUAACUUGGAGUCCAGUAAUUGUGAGCUAUUGUCAAAACUAGAAGCACUCAGAUGUGAAAAUAUUGACCUCUGCAAACGCCUUGAGGCGACUACAAAUGAGACACGUUGUUUGAAUGACAAUAAUACUGCACUAUUGGCAGAAACAGAAUCACUGGCUACUAAAAAAGAAGAACUUCACAAACAGUUUGAGAAGUCAGUAAUGGAAGUACAUGAACUUACAACACGUGUACAAAUGCUUCUUCAGGAGAUCAGUGGUUUGCAGUUUACAAAUAGCAGACUGCAGUCAGAAAUGAAAGAACUUGAAAAAGAGAAUCAGAGCCUGACUACUGACAAGGAAGAACUUCAGAGAGAGUUUGAAAAGUCAGUCUUAGAAGUGAAAGAACUGACCACACGUGUACAAGCUCUUACUCAGGAAAUCAGUGCUUUGCAAUCAGUUAAUAAUGAGCAAUUGCCAGAAACAAAAGCACUAAGAAAAAAAGAGGAACAAAUGGAGUCCCAGCUACAAGAAAUUUUGUUUGAGCUUGAGAAAUCAUUUACUGAAGUGAAACAACUGAGCACUCUUGCAAAAACACUUGCUCUGGAAAACAGUAGUUUAAAACGUAUUAAUACUGAAAUGCUGUCCGAGAAAGAGACACUUAAACAAGAUAAAGAUGAACUGGACAAACACCUCCAGGAAGUUACUAGUCAGAAUCAGAUCCUGACUGCAGGCAACGAAUCACUAAAAAAAGAGCUUGAGAAGUCAGUCAUUGAAGUGAAAGAGCUGACCACUCAUGCACAAACACUUACUCAGGAAAUCAGUGGUUUACAAUCUGUUAAUAGUGAGCAAUUGUCAGAAACAGAAUCUCUAAGAAAAGAAAAGCAACAACUGGAGUCCCAUCUACAAGUAAUUAAGUACGAGCUAGAGAAAUCAGUGAUUGAAGUGAAAGAGCUGACCACUCAGGCACAAACACUUAUUCAGGAAAUCAGUGGCUUGCAAUCUGUUAAUAGUGAGCAAUUGUCAGAAACAGAAGCUCUAAGAAAAGAAAAGCAACAACUGGAGUCCCAUCUACAAGCAAUUAAGUUUGAGCUUGAGAAAUCAGUGAUUGAAGUGAAAGAGCUGACCACUCAGGCACAAACACUUACUCAGGAAAUCAGUGGCUUGCAAUCUGUUAAUAGUGAGCAAUUGUCAGAAACAGAAGCUCUAAGAAAAGAAAAGCAACAACUGGAGUCCCAUCUACAAGUAAUUAAGUCUGAGCUUGAGAAAUCAGUGAUUGAAGUGAAAGAGCUGACCACUCAGGCACAAACACUUACUCAGGAAAUAAGUGGCCUGCAAUCUGUUAAUAGUGAGCAAUUGUCAGAAACAGAAGCUCUAAGAAAAGAAAAGCAACAACUGGAGUCCCAUCUACAAGCAACUAAGUUUGAGCUUGAGAAAUCAGUGAUUGAAGUGAAAGAGCUGACCACUCAGGCACAAACACUUACUCAGGAAAUCAGUGGCUUGCAAUCUGUUAAUAGUGAGCAAUUGUCAGAAACAGAAGCUCUAAGAAAAGAAAAGCAACAACUGGAGUCCCAUCUACAAGCAAUUAAGUUUGAGCUUGAGAAAUCAGUGAUUGAAGUGAAAGAGCUGACCACUCAGGCACAAACACUUACUCAGGAAAUCAGUGGCUUGCAAUCUGUUAAUAGUGAGCAAUUGUCAGAAACAGAAGCUCUAAGAAAAGAAAAGCAACAACUGGAGUCCCAUCUACAAGCAACUAAGUUUGAGCUUGAGAAAUCAGUGAUUGAAGUGAAAGAGCUGACCACUCAGGCACAAACACUUACUCAGGAAAUCAGUGGCUUGCAAUCUGUUAAUAGUGAGCAAUUAUCAGAAACAGAAGCUAUAAGAAAAGAAAAGCAACAACUGGAGUCCCAUCUACAAGUAAUUAAGUCUGAGCUUGAGAAAUCAGUGAUUGAAGUGAAAGAGCUGACCACUCAGGCACAAACACUUACUCAGGAAAUCAGUGGCUUGCAAUCUGUUAAUAGUCAGCAAUUGUCAGAAACAGAAGCUCUAAGAAAAGAAAACCAACAACUGGAGUCCCAUCUACAAGCAACUAAGUUUGAGCUUGAGAAAUCAGUGAUUGAAGUGAAAGAGCUGACCACUCAGGCACAAACACUUACUCAGGAAAUCAGUGGCUUGAAAUCUGUUAAAAGUGAGCAAUUGGCAGAAACAGAAGCUCUAAGAAAAGAAAAGCAACAACUGGAGUCCCAUCUACAAGCAACUAAGUUUGAGCUUGAGAAAUCAGUGAUUGAAGUGAAAGAGCUGACCACUCAGGCACAAACACUUACUCAGGAAAUCAGUGGCUUGCAAUCUGUUAAUAGCGAGCAAUUGUCAGAAACAGAAGCUCUAAGAAAAGAAAACCAACAACUGGAGUCCCAUCUACAAGCAAUUAAGUUUGAGCUUGAGAAAUCAGUGAUUGAAGUGAAAGAGCUGACCACUCAGGCACAAACACUUACUCAGAAAAUCAGUGGCUUGCAAUCUGUUAAUAGUGAGCAAUUGUCAGAAAAAGAAGCUCUAAGAAAAGAAAAGCAACAACUGGAGUCCCAUCUACAAGCAAUUAAGUUUGAGCUUGAGAAAUCAGUGAUUGAAGUGAAAGAGCUGACCACUCAGGCACAAACACUUACUCAGGAAAUCAGUGGCUUGCAAUCUGUUAAUAGUGAGCAAUUAUCAGAAGCAGAAGCUCUAAGAAAAGAAAAGCAACAACUGGAGUCCCAUCUACAAGUAAUUAAUUCUGAGCUUGAGAAAUCAGUGAUUGAAGUGAAAGAGCUGACCACUCAGGCACAAACACUUACUCAGGAAAUAAGUGGCCUGCAAUCUGUUAAUAGUGAGCAAUUGUCAGAAACAGAAGCUCUAAGAAAAGAAAAGCAACAACUGGAGUCCCAUCUACAAGCAACUAAGUUUGAGCUUGAGAAAUCAGUGAUUGAAGUGAAAGAGCUGACCACUCAGGCACAAACACUUACUCAGGAAAUCAGUGGCUUGCAAUCUGUUAAUAGUGAGCAAUUGUCAGAAACAGAAGCUCUAAGAAAAGAAAAGCAACAACUGGAGUCCCAUCUACAAGCAAUUAAGUUUGAGCUUGAGAAAUCAGUGAUUGAAGUGAAAGAGCUGACCACUCAGGCACAAACACUUACUCAGGAAAUCAGUGGCUUGCAAUCUGUUAAUAGUGAGCAAUUGUCAGAAAAAGAAGCUCUAAGAAAAGAAACGCAACAACUGGAGUCCCAUCUACAAGCAACUAAGUUUGAGUUUGAGAAAUCAGUUAUUGAAGUGAAAGCACUGAACAUUCAUGCACAAACACUUGCUCUGGAAAACAGUAGCUUGAAAUGUACUAAUAGUGAACUCCUGUCAGAGACAGAGACACUUAAACAAGAUAAAGAUGAACUGGACAAACACCUCCAGAAAGUUACUAGUCAGAAUGAGAUCCUGACUGCAGAAAAUGAAUCACUGAAAAAGGAGCUUGAGAAGUCAGUCUUAGAAGUAAAAGAGCUGACCACUCAUGCACAAACACUUACUCAGGAAAUCAGUGGCUUGCAAUCUGUUAAUAGUGAGCAAUUGUCAGAAACAGAAGCUCUAAGAAAAGAAAAGCAACAACUGGAGUCCCAUCUACAAGCAACUAAGUUUGAGCUUGAGAAAUCAGUGAUUGAAGUGAAAGAGCUGACCACUCAGGCACAAACACUUGCUCUGGAAAACAGUAGCUUCAAAUCUACUAAUACUGAACUCCUGUCAGAGACAGAGACACUUAAACAAGAUAAAGAUGAACUGGACAAACACCUCCAGGAAGUUACAAGUCAGAAUCAGAUCCUAACUGCGGAGCUUGAGAAGUCAGUCUUGGAACUGAAAGAGCUGACCACUCAUGCGCAAACACUUACUGAGGAAAUCAGUGGCUUGCAAUCUGUUAAUAGUGAGCAAUUGUCAGAAACAGAAGCUCUAAGAAAAGAAAAGCAACAACUGGAGUCCCAUCUACAAGCAAUUAAGUCUGAGUUUGAGAAAUCAGUUACUGAAGUGAAAGAGCUGACCACUCAGGCACAAACACUUACUCUAGAAAACAAUAACUUGAAAUGUAGUAAUAGUGAACUCCUGUCUGAGACAGAGACACUUAAACAAGAUAAAGAUAAACUGGACAAACACCUCCAAGAAGUUACUAGUCAGAAUCAGAUCCUAACUGCGGACAAUGAAUCACUAAAAAAGGAGCUUGAGAAGUCAGUCUUUGAAGUGAAACAUCUGACUGCUCAUUCACAAACACUUGCUCUGGAAAACAGUAGCUUGAAAGGUACUAAUAGUGAACUCCUGUCAGAGACAGAGACACUUAAACAAGAUAAAGAUGAACUGGACAAACACCUCCAAGAAGUUACUCUUCAGAAUCAGAUCUUGACCAAUGACAAUGAAUCAAUAAAAAAGGAGCUUGACAAUUCAGUCUUAGAAGUGAAAGACCUGAACACGCAUAUACAAUCUCUUGCUCAGAAAAGCAUUGGCUUGCAAUUUAUUAAUUGUGAAUUGUUCUCAGAAAUAGAGCUUCUCAAAAGAGAUAAAGAUAAACUGGACUCAUAUCUUCAGGCAGUUGUGAGCGACAAUUAUAGUUUGAAUUCUGUCAAUGAAGCACUUCGCAAAGAUCUAGAGAAGUCAGCUUUGGAAGUAAAAGAACUGUCUGCAUGUGUAGAUGUUCUUGGUCGGGAAUCUCAUAAAAUAACUGAUGAAAGAAACAGCAUUAAUAUACGUUUGCAGGCCACAGUUGCUGAAAACCAAAUUUUAACCAAUGAAAGGAAUAGAUUGCAAAAUACUAAUAGAAACUUGUUGUUGGAAAUAGAAGCAGUCAGAAAAGCACAUGAUGAUACAGAAAUGUGUUUUCAGGAACUUGUGAAUAAGAACAAGUGGUUGGUCCUCGAAAAUAAAACACUUAUCAAACAUCUUGAGGAGGUGGUGAAAGAGAAAGAUAAACUGACAUUUUCUGAAGAUAAACUUAAAAAAGUACUGAGUGAUAUAAAACAUGACUUAGACGUAACAGAUCCUGAAUAUACAUCUCUCUUACAACAGCAAGAAACAUUAAUAGCAUAUCAAAGAAGUCUUGUUCAUAAAACACAGGAACAUUAA